AUAGUCUAAAUAUCUUCCCACAUGGUAUGCCUUUAUUCUUCUGCCAGCAAAGUUGGGAGUGAAACGGGGAUGUUUCUUCGGCGGCUCUGGACGCUCCGCCGCAGUUAUUGCUCUGGACGGUUAUUGCUCCUAGGGGUCGCGGUGUGUCUUUUCUACCAGACCCUGAUGGUGGCACGGAGUCGGUUCAAAGGCGACCCACCCGCGGCUGAUGAAGGCAACAAGUCAACGAUGACUGGAGCGUUGGAGGUAUUUGAUGAACUUCUGCAGGACCCUGCGAGGCUUAUUUCUACCCUGGAGGCUUUGGAAAGGGACAGAUAUGUCAAGGGGUCCAAUCAGAACCAGGCUGGGUGGGUCACACAAGCCGUGGUGUUGACGGGUCAGCACGUAGCCGCGGAUACGGAGGUCCAACUGUUCCAGCGGAUCCUGGAGCAGCGAGGCUACGAGGUCAGCCUGUCCCGAUACGCCGAGACCAACACCGCCCUGAGACACAACAGCGGUGGCAGUGUGGAGUGGAGUGUGUUGGUGUGUCUGAGCGGUUCGGAGAAGAGUUGUCUGAGGAGAGUGUCCUUCUCCCAUCUGCAGCCCCAUCAGAGGGUCAACAUGAUACCUGGGCUGGUGGGUGCCUUCUCUGAUGUGGACGGGCUCUGUCGCUUCCAGACAGACAGCCGGCUAGCAGGGCUGGCAUUACGCAUAAAUCCAUCUGCCUGUGGAUCGCCCCGCACCAAGCUGGGAGAUGUUCGUGAUGUGGCACAGGGUGAUUGGAACCCAGCUAUCACCACACUUAACUUGGUGAGCCCUGGCCUCGUUGCCACGGUAACAGUUUAUGUCCUGGUCACCUCGGUAACGCCGCUCACAGCCUUUCUUCAUCACACGGGCCUGGUCAGGACAAGCGAAGACACGGACAGCCACACCACACAGCUCAAGCCCUUUCUUCUCCAGCAGCUGGGUCCUGUUGCGUCCCACGAGGCAUUGGACCAGGUGAAGGAGGUCAUAGGUCAGGUGUUGAGGGCGGCAGCAUUGACCAAUGAGGAGCCUAGCUCUCGGCACAGGUGGUGUCUCCUGUGUUUCCAGCUGAUGACAUUCACUCUCCAGUUCAAUGGUUCCCUUCUACCUGUCAUAGUGAAGGCUGAGACUGACCUGCACUUUGAUGGGCUGAGGGACCCAGUGUUUGACGGACAGAUCACAAAAGAGUUCAUCCUGGAAGAUGCUCUUCUCUUCCUGCUCCCAGCACACAGUGGACAGGCCAGACGGAAGAGCCCUUCACACACCGAGACAGACGAUGAACAGAGGGUACUAAACAACUGUUUAACUUAAUAAAGCACACAAUACUAUGAGGGCAAUGACGAUGGACUCCUUUUAACAUGACAAUUUGAGAGAGAAAGUUGUAUGGAUAUCGUAAUUCCAUUAACCUUCACAAUUUGUUUUGUGUGU